ACAUGUACCACAGUAACCCGCCUUUAUUUUAUGUGGGUGUUUAUUAUAUAAAUUCGUUUUUCCCCAAUAAUUGUAUGGAUUGUGCAUGAAAUGACAAUCAGUCAAACUUAGAAAGGUGCAUAUAAAUCACGUGUUCUGAAAGUAUGUUAAACUGAGCAGUGACUAUUAUAAGAUAAUGAUUCUAUUAAAUUGUCAAUCAAUGGUAGCAAUAAUCUAAUCAACUUCAUAAACAGAUAUCUGACAUCCGUCAACACUAACGAGACCACAUUUUGUUGAAGAAGAAACUUUGUAAUAAAACAAGAGUGAAGACAAACUACCGAUGAGGAAGAAGAUGGCAGAUCCUAAGUUUUUUGUCUGCAGAUGCUUUUAUACACACAAUUAUUUCCUGAAAGAUUACAACAUACAUGUGGUUUUUGAAAAUGUAGACAAGUUUUUAACUGAUUUUGGAAAGGAAAUGAAUCAAAGAGGAUGCAGUACUAAAGUCCAACUGGAUCAUGUCUUAAAUCAGCUUUUAUUGGAGCAGGACAGACGGAAAAACUUGGGCAAGGACUAUUUGACGAGGAGACAGAUAAUUCAGAAAGAGUACCAUCGUCUUCAUCCAGAAAUCUACACCCUAAAGGAGAGUUAUCUUGCUCCAGAGUUUCUGAAGCUGAUUGACCUCUGUUCAAGAUUUGAUACAACUGCUGAAGAUGUGCUAGCCAGCAUCACUCCCACAGGAGGCGAUCGGGUGUACUCAUUCCCUGUUUUCACCAAAGAAUUCUGUCAACUAUUUAUGGAAGAACUAGAGCAUUUUGAAAACAGUGAUUGCCCCAAGGGACGACCCAACACGAUGAACAAAUAUGGGAUAUUAUUGAAUGAACUUGGAUUCGAUGAAUGCUUCCUGAACCCAUUACGAAAGAACUACCUCCACAAAUUAGCUGCGAUCCUGUAUCCUGACUGGGGAGGGGCUUAUCUCGACUCACACAAGGCCUUUAUUGUACAGUACAAAAUGGGAGAGGACCUUGACCUUAAUUAUCACUAUGACAACGCUGAAGUGACAUUAAAUGUGGCACUGGGCAAGAAUUACACGGGAGGCUCACUAUACUUCGGUGACAUGAGGACAGUAUCAGUGGAGGACACUGAGUGUUCCGAGUACGAACACAUGGCCGGGAUUGGGAUUGUUCACCGAGGGCAGCACUACCACGGGGCUCUCCCAAUACUCACGGGGGAACGGUACAACCUAAUUGUGUGGAUGAGGUCGUCCAAGGUCAGGAACAGGCUGUGUCCAAUGUGUGACCAAAAACCUGAGCUUGUGGAGACAGUCGGUUACGGGGAUGGGUUUACCCAGCCUACAGUCAACUUAUGUACACUGAAUUGACUUAUGAAGUCAGGUUGUAAGAACAUGAUGUACUUUAUACAGAAACUGAUGUGCAACCGUUCUUCCAAUGACCUCCUAAAAGUUACUAGGGGAUUCAUUUUAUGUGGUUUAAAUAACAGGUUGUGUUCAAAAAGUGCUACAAAAACAGGCAAUGGGCCCAUCUUUGAGAUCUUAUGUCAGGGUAAUUGUCCUGUAACAUGUUGGUAUUCAGUGCUAUCAAGUUUGUUCAAAAGAAUGACAUUGAUCCACUUACAAGGUUACAUGAUCCAGAAGAGUUAAACUAUAAGCAUCUUCUAGAUAAUUACUAUAUGAGUCAUGAUAUUUUAUAGGUAGAUUACUGACGAAGAAAGUUGUCAAUUGUGUUCAUGUGAAUGAUCUUCACCUACUUUCAAGGUAAUCAAAGUCACUUAUCCUGCAACCUACUGUGUUUGUCAGACUUUCAAGUUUACUUUAUUCCAUUGUCCAAGGUCAUACGAGUCAUAAAUAUUAAUAAAACAGUGUUGUUGAGCAAGUAAGGCAUGUGACAUUUUAUUUGGUUGGUGGUUACACUGUCUAUGGCUUUUGGUGCUAAGUAUAAUUUUCCUUUGAUAAAUGUUCAAUGUAAUGUUACGUGUAUAUACUACAUAAUUAUAUAGAUGAAAUUUAUGAAAAUGCAAAUAAAUGUUUAUGUUACUAAACUAGAUUUAUUGAUACGUGAUCAAUAUUUCGUUGUCUGAUUAUAUAGGUUGUAUUGUUUGACUGUAUGUAAAAAGGUGAAAAUACAUGUGAUUGAAUACAAGAUCAUUGCCCAAGUCUUGUCAGAUCUGUUUUAUGCAAAGUGCUCAUUGGUUUGAUACAAACAUUCAAGUGAUCAUGAUCAUUGCUCUCUUGCUCUAAGAGAUGUACAUGUACCUUGAGAAUAAGGACUAGCUGUAUUUGUUACUCAACACACGGUCUUGUCAUAUUACAUCGGUGACUUUUCAGUAUUUUCUUAUUGUUCAAUGUACACAUAUCCAUGAAUUUACGUUAAUGAUAUUCAGCAACUCAAGUUCCGUUACAAUAAUAUCCUACUGACGGACGAAGGACUGUAUUUAUUCUACACAUACGUACCCAAUUAAUUCAUUAUUAAAGUAACUAAAGUUACUUCCCUUGAAAUUGACUUCUGAAUCGCGAAGAAAUACCCAAUUAAUUCAUUAUUAAAGUAACUAAAGUUAAAUUACUUCCCUUGAAAUUGACUUCUGAAUCGCGAAGAAAUAUUUUGUCGAUUUCCUAACAAAAUAAACAUUUUUUAAGAAUGAAACUUUGACACAACCUGUUUAUUGCAUAUACCAAAGGAAAAACACAGUUAUUUGCUGAAAAUUAUUCUUAUGUUUUGCUAUGGCGUGUAAAAACACGUAUGGCGCAAAUUAGUGUAAAAGUGCUUCGUAAUCAAGAUCGAUUUUCUAACAAAGUACACAUUUUUUUUAAAUGAUACUUUACCAAAACAUGUUAAAUGAGUAUACCAAUGGAAAAAUCGAAAUAUUUCUUGGAUAAAACACUUACAGUUUGCUAUGGCGUGCAAAAUCUCCUAUGGCGCACCUAUGGCGCAAAUUAGUGUGACCGCUUUCCACCCUUCGUAAUACACAUGCUUUUCUUGUCGUAUUUUCGUGUCUUGUAUAUUUUUAAUGUAGUGGCCAUUCACUCAACAUAUUACCGCUAGUUCGAUUCUAGGAUAUUGUACCAAACGUUAUAGUUAUGCAUUAGAAAUGAACACUCCAUCAAACGAUACAUUUAAGUUUCCACCUGUUAGCUGGUCAUUGCUAGAGUCAACAAUACAACAAUUUGUCUUUCCUAGAGUUUAAACAAACAAUGAUAGUGGUGCAGAAAACGCGUACCCUUACGAAUCACAG